AAUCAGGGAAAUAACAACUCAGUGUGGAUCUGUUGCAAGGUCCUUAUCACGAUGGGUAGGAGACGAGACAAAACAGCGGUUAAUCCGCUCACCAAGUAUUUCCUGUUCUUUGAAAAUUUCAUCAUAUGGAUUGGCGGACUGGCCAUUACAGGACUAGGUGCUUACGUGUUGUGGGUUAAACAAAAAGUGGUCAAGGAUGCGUUCGACUUCUUCCUGGAUCCAGCAACAAUCAUGGUGACAGCUGGCUCGAUCGUCGUCUUCAUUUCGUUCUUCGGCUGUAUGGGUGCACUCAGGGAGAAUAUGUGUUUUCUUAAAACAUAUAACAUUAUUCUGUCCAUCAUGUUUUUUGGGGAGUUAGCGCUUGUCAUCUUCGUUUUCGUGUUCUACUUUGUCCCGGAUGCCCGUGAACAGCUUGGACUGUUUCCCGGGGACAGUAUGAGGAACGCUAUCCAGAAGUAUGGCAUCGUGGAUGACGAGGAUAUGGUGAACCUUAUAGACAACAUUCAGAAAACGCUACAUUGUUGUGGUCUAAGUGACAACGAGGACGGCUAUAAAGACUGGAAUAACAACGAGUAUUUCAACUGUACUGUGUCAGGCUUAAGUCCAGAGAAGUGCUCUGUACCGCCGUCCUGUUGCAAAUUAAAACCGGGGGAGUACAUUAACAUCCUCUGUGGUCGUGGAGUGAUGAAACCAACAGAAGCGGGAGGCAGUCUUACUCUCGUGGAAACGGACAAAACUUUAGGGAUUUAUAAGGUUGGUUGUCUCCGGGCUCUAGGAGAAUGGAUUAACGACAACGCCCUCGUCCUCGGCGGUAUUAUACUGGGAAUUCUCAUCCCGCAGAUAUUCAUAAUGUGUUUGGCGAGAUCCCUAAGAGACCAAAUCAAACUACAGAAACUAAAAUGGCGUCGUUAUCGCCCAUCAAAUGACGAUCAUUUCAGCAAAUGACGUGGACGACUUGAUAAAUGAUAAUAAUUUUAAAAGAACAAUAUAUACCUGUGUUGGCAGAUCGUUUUAAAAACGGGAUAUUUACUUUCCGCCAACACGGCGCCAUAUCCGUGGCUUCUGUAUUUUUUUUCUAAUAAACAUUCAUUGAGGGAUAUCGUGCACAUAACUUUAAG